UCAUUCAGUAGGCAUGGAUAUUUCAUUUUUCUGAAUAAUAAUUAAAUAUAAAUAACAAAGUUACUAGAGGAAAUGGCCAAUCAGCGUCCACCAAGUUUUUUUAUUGAAGAACUUAAUAUAUUCUGUCAGAAGCACAGAAAGGUACUUAAGUAUAAUGAACUGUCUAAGGAAGGACCUGCACAUAACUUAAGAUUUACAUUCCAAGCUAUCAUAGAUGAGAGAGAAUAUCCAGAAGCUGAAGGUAAAUCAAAGAAGGAGGCCAGAAAUACUGCAGCCAAAUUAGCUCUUGAAAUACUUCAUAAAGAAAACAAGGCGGUUAGUUCUUUAUCACUGCCAACAACAGAUACUUCAGAAGGAUUAGGAUUAGAAGGCGUUGGGAAUUACAUAGGCCGUAUGAAUAGGCUUGCCCAGAAGGAACAACUAUCUGUAAAUUAUGAACAAUGGGAAUUGAAGGAUUGUGGGCCAGAAAGAUUUCAUUGCAGAUGCAAAAUUGGACAGAAAGAAUAUGAUAUUGGUAAAGGUGCUACUAAACAAGAGGCAAAACAUUUGGCUGCUAAAUUUGCAUAUGAACAGAUACAGUCAGAGCAAACCUUAAUGAAUGCUGAUUCUGGUUCUUGGACUACUUCACCUAGUGACUCCAGGAACAACACUUUGAUGAGAAGCCUAUGUGCUUCAAAAUCACCACUUGAAAAUAAUUUCUCACCAAAUUGUAACAGGGACAAUGUAGACAACUCUCCAUCUUCUCUGAGCAAUGCCAGAUACAGUGAAAAGAAGGUGAAAAGAACUUUAGCACCUACCUUUAGCUCUCCUAUGACCAAAGAACACAAGUACACAGUGGAACUCAGGUUUGCCAGUGAUUUUACAGAAAUAGAACCAAUUGGCUCAGGUGGAUAUGGUCAAGUUUUCAAAGCAAAACACAAAAUUGAUGGGAAGAUUUAUGUUAUUAAACGUGUUAAAUACGAUAGCGACAAGAAGGUAGAACGGGAAGUAAAAGCUUUGGCAGCGCUUGAUCACGUAAAUAUCGUGCACUACCGUAGUUGCUGGGCUGGGGAAGAUUACAAUCCUGAGGACAGUGUAAAUCCUUCAAGAACAACUAAGUGCCUUUUCAUCCAAAUGGAAUUCUGUGAUAAAGGAACAUUGGAGCAAUGGAUUGACAACAGAAGAGGCAAGGAACAAGACAAACCUUUGGCUCUGGAAUUAUUUGAACAAAUAGUAGCAGGUGUGAAUUAUAUACACAGCAAACAGCUAAUUCACAGAGACCUUAAGCCAGGAAACAUAUUUUUAGUAGAUACAAAACACAUAAAGAUUGGAGAUUUUGGACUUGUGACAUCCUUGAAAGAUUUUGCAAAUCGGACAAGUAAUAAAGGAACUCUUCGGUACAUGAGCCCAGAGCAGAUUUCUUCACAAGAAUAUGGAAAAGAAGUGGAUAUCUUUGCUUUGGGGCUAAUUCUUGCAGAACUUCUUUACAUAUGUCCCACUGUUUCAGAAACACUGAAGAUUUUUAAAGAGCUAAGGGCUGGCAAGUUCUCAGAUGUGUUUGAUGCCAGAGAAAAACAACUUCUGCAAAAAUUACUAUCACUUGAGCCCAUGAAACGACCUAAUGCAUCUGAAAUACUGGAGACUUUGAAGGAUUGGAAGAAUGUUGCAGGAAAAAAGUCAAGGACAUAUUAGAGCCCUUCUAAAAAAGUAUUCUGCUUUGGAUAUUCAAUUUUUUCCGUAAUGGUCUAAAAUCUUCUAGGGUAUUUACCUUCUAUUUUCAUUUUUCCCUUAAAUUUUCACUACAUUUUAGAAGGCUCAA